AUGAGAUCUAUUCAAUUCGUUGCCGUUAUGCUCUUGGCCAUGAUUGCAGUCAGCACUGCACACCGUAAUGCAUAUUUUGUGUUCUCCGAUGGACAUGAUGAAUUCGUUAUUAAACUCACCGAUCCAUCAAGAAUUGCUGAAGCUCGCGAAAUCAUCAGAACCAACGCAACCAAAGGUGUCAUGGGUAUUAUUGUCAAACAACCAGUAUGGUACAACUUCCAAUGGAACUAUUACCUCGAUCCAGCUUCAAUCACCUUCUUCGAGAUGGCUAUGGAAGUUUGCGAUGCCUCUGUAUCAUACACUGAAGAGCACCUCUCUGAAGUCGGUACUGAUUUCUUGCCAGGUAACCGUUGGUGUCCAUGGAGUUCAAAGUUAGAUGUUUUAGAUAGACUUUAA